UUCAUCGGUCAGUGAGAAACAAGAUUCUUGCACGAUUAGGCGAAACACUACACAAGUUCCUCAUCAAGGAUUGUUCUCUGUGGAUAAAUAUGAUAUUUUGGAGUUAAAUUAUUGUGUUUUGCGCUUUUAAACUCCGAUAAGUUGCAAUGAUGGACCACAGUCAGAAUCUCUUGGCCCACAGCCGCCUGCCGACCUACCAGCCCAUCACGACCUCCACUGGCGCCCUCCUGGGCACCACUCAAGACGUCUCUAGACCCUUACUAACCCCGCAAAAUGGCUGGAACUACAACAGCGAAAGCGCCAUCGCACCCCACAAUGGCUGCAACUUUGCUUACACAAACUUAGGAACAACCUCAAGCACGAAACCAACUUACGGAUCCGCCUUUGGAUCGAGCACAGACUUUUUAACAAAUUGCAAUCAGAUGCCUUUGAACACUUUUAACUCACCUCUGGGCCCUACGCGGCCAGGGUUCCAGUUUUAUGGCGAUAUGUACCAGGGACCUGCCCACACCAUGGGCAACGGUGGUAUCUUCUCAGACUUGAACACAACGGUGCCCAGUAUACCAAGACUCACACAUGAGGAGGUUAAUAUCUCAGAAAAUAACUCAUGUACAGAACCCCGAACAAGAAAAAAGCGGAAGCCGUACACGAGAUAUCAGACAAUGGUCCUCGAAAACGAAUUUUUAACUAACUCAUAUAUUACACGACAAAAACGGUGGGAAAUAUCGUGCAAGCUCCACCUAACGGAGAGACAAGUCAAAGUCUGGUUUCAGAAUCGGCGGAUGAAGCGAAAGAAAUUAAACGCGAGGUCAAAGGUGAAAACAGAAAUGACGGAUGCAAAUGGAAUGCCCAAUAACAAUGUGUCGACGAAUGUGAAAUAUGAAUGAUAGUGCAGUUUUUGAUUAUCUAGAUGUUGCGUGUGUAGUAUUGUGUGUGACGUCAAUAUAAGGCGUGUGAGACGUCAGUAAUUAUGUCGGUGACGCCAUUGAUCAAGAUGAAGGACUAUGCGCUGAAUGCACGUGCGUUGCUUGGAGGCAAUUCAAACUGAGUCUCGUUUUCAUUUGCAGUAUUUGUCUCAUGGACUAAAACGUCAUCAAAGAACAGGAGUAGGACUAAUCAUCAGGAAGUGCGCAUCAGAGAACAAACAUUUUUGUUUAUGGUGCUUUGUUCUGGCUCUCCCGAAAGAGGGCGAUAAUUACCUCGGGUUGGGGGACUUGUAUGUUAUAUACUGAGCACCGACAUUUGUUUUCUAUGUGGAACCAAUACAUUUUGUAACUGUGUUCAAUGCAAAGCUGUACAUACUUCGUCAUUUCACCAAAUAUUGGCUGAGGAUGCGUGAUCGAUCAGUUUCAUUGCAUUUCAUCUUUCAUCUUUCGGAGGAUCAGAAAAUUACCAACGGUAAACUGUAGGCCUCCUACUAAUUUCUGUUUUGAUAUCUAAGCUAAUGAAUGGGCCAGCCGGAUCUGGCUUAUGAGACACUCAAACGACAUCAGGGCAACAUUGUCUUAGAAAAGGCAAGACCCUCAACCCCACCGCCAAUGGUUUUCAACGAAGGGAGCUGCGGUUGAGCUUUCUUGGGAGCAGACUUUAGUCCUACAAACAACUGCUGGGUAACAGGAAAAAAACACCCCAUUGUAUCUAUGAACAUUAUUUCAUUAAAGGUCAACCUCAAGUCGUCUCGUUGACACGCAGUUGAGGUGAGGUUGGGAUUUAUACCGGCCUGAUCGAAGGAAGUGCAUGGUCUCUUUGAUGUCUUGACUGACAACAUAGUACAUCGCAUGCGUGUAACUCUACACGUCUUCUCAGCCAGUUUAACAUGAGUGUACCCUUGAUGUCUUGUUAUCUUGAUGGUUGUUAUCUUUUUAAUGAAACCUUUGAACAUCUUCGACCUGGUGAUGAGUAGUCGUGUGUAUGAUGAGAAAAAGAACUGGUGGGAGGGGGGGGGGGGUAUGAUUUAGACUUUGUAGCAAUGGGACCUCAAUGUCCCACACAUGGCACUCAUGACACUCAUCACCUUUUGUUACUUCUUUCGAAGGAAAGUAGACUUCUAGACGGGUACAGGUGAAGCAUUGCAAUGAAGUGGUGGGGAUUAGGACUGGAAAUGAAUUUGUAGGCAGCUGGUUGUACAUGUGUAAAAUUUAUUUAACACCAAGUCUUAUUUCAAUAAAGUUAAGUGAGUGA